CCUUCUCCCUGCCCAGCUACUCUACGAGGCUGGAGCCCCCGGCAGCAGGCGCGCAACACAACACUGACAGCUGCGACUGAGUCAAAACCAAGGGGGGAAAGAUGGAGCACAGAGACACCGACUUCAAUAUAAUGUUAGCGACCGACUCGUACAAGGUUACACAUUACAAACAGUACCCCCCCAACACAAGUAAAGUGUACUCCUACUUCGAGUGUCGUGAGAAGAGAACAGACCCCAGCAAAAGCAGAAAAGUCAAAUAUGACAAAACCGUCUUCUAUGGCCUACAGUACAUCCUCCACAAAUACCUAAAAGGAAAAGUAGUGACUCCGGAGAAGAUCCAAGAGGCGAAGGAGGUCUACAGAGAACACUUCCAGGAUGAUGUUUUUAAUGAGAAGGGCUGGACUUAUAUUUUGGAGAAAUACAACGGACACCUGCCCAUUGAAAUCAAGGCUGUGCCGGAGGGGAGUGUCAUCCCUCGAGGCAACGUUUUGUUCACAGUGGAGAGCACGGACCCUGAAUGUUACUGGCUCACCAACUGGGUGGAGACCAUCCUGGUUCAGAUCUGGUACCCCAUCACCGUGGCAACCAACUCCAGAGAGCAGAAGAAGAUUCUUGCCAAGUACCUCCUGGAGACCUCUGGGAACCUUGAAGGCCUGGAGUAUAAAUUACAUGACUUUGGUUACAGAGGUGUCUCCUCACAAGAGACUGCAGGCAUCGGUGCCUCCGCCCAUCUGGUUAACUUCAAGGGCACAGACACAGUCGCUGGCAUCGGCGUCAUUAAGAAGUACUAUGGCACCAAGGAUCCUGUCCCGGGCUUCUCAGUACCGGCUGCAGAGCACAGUACCAUCACAGCAUGGGGGAAGGACCAUGAAAAAGACGCCUUUGAGCACAUUGUCAAGCAGUUCCCCAGCGUGCCUGUGUCCAUAGUCAGCGACAGCUACGACAUCUACAACGCCUGUGAGAAGAUCUGGGGAGAGGACCUACGGGGGCUGAUAGAGACACGCAGUGCAGAUGCUCCACUGGUGGUCAGACCGGAUUCUGGAAACCCUCUCGAUACAGUUUUGAAGGUUUUGGAGAUUCUGGGUAAGAAGUUUAUUCCAGAGGAGAACUCUAAAGGCUUCAAAGUUCUCCCUCCUUACAUCAGAGUUAUACAAGGAGACGGAGUUGACAUCAACACACUGCAGGAGAUAGUUGAAGGCAUGAAGGAACACAGGUGGUCCAUUGAGAACAUUGCAUUUGGAUCUGGGGGUGCUCUGCUGCAGAAACUGACCAGAGAUCUGCUGAACUGCUCCUUUAAAUGCAGUUACGUGGUCACCAACGGACUUGGGGUAAAUGUCUUCAAGGACCCAGUGGCCGACCCAAACAAGAGGUCAAAGAAGGGUCGCCUGUCCCUGCACCGGACGCAGAGUGGAGACUUUGUCACCCUAGAGGAAGGCAAGGGUGACCUGGAGGAGUACGGCGUGGACCUGUUGCACACAGUCUUUCAGAACGGGAAGAUAGUGAAGACGUACACAUUCGACGAAGUCAGAGACAAUGCCAAGCUCAAAGAGAGUGAGCUUGAUGAUCUGCUGCACUGAACAGCAGCACUAUUGAAGCACCCCCCAACUUUCCACCCUAAAAUAACCCCAUGUCCUCCCUCAACAACUUCACCUUUUGGCCUCCAACGUCACCUCCUGAAAACGGCGGUUGCGUGCACUGCUAAUAGAACCCACUCCCAAAGCCCGAGAGCCCCCUUAGAACGUUCCUAAAAACCUGAGAUCUACCUUGAUUUUCACAGAACUUCCCUCGCAAUUUGACAAACGCUGCUCUGAGUCUCCAACAGGGUCGGAAAUUUGGACUCCGGAGGAGAGAAAAGGAGUGAGACAGAAAUUAGACGGGCAAGAGGGAAAGAAUUAUGAUGACAAACAGUUGAGACGUCGCGGUCCUAAUCCCCAAAAUCGAAAAAAAUCAGCAUGUUGCACUGAUAGGCUAGACAUUGCAGAAGUGAGAAUGCGAUUGGCUACUGAGAGGCAAUGUGUUAGCAGGCUUUUUCAUGCUGACACAAGUGAAGAAAGUCAUGACUGAGAGAAAGAAAGAAUUAUGAAGCCACACCCACCAGUGACCGUGCCCCGUGUAUUGUGUACAGAACUGUUUUGAAAAAUCCAUGUCUGAAUUUACUUAGCUUUGUCUUUUAUGUGAAGGAGGAUGAUGAUGGUAUAUAGCGAUGCACCAGUAACAUUGACCGAAAACUGCUAAUACAACGCUUUACAAACACUGUAUUUAUUUUACUUGCUUUUUGUAGUUUGGGCCCAAAUUAUAGAAGGGCAACAUUUAUCAAGUACUACCUGAAUAUUUUCUACUCAUACUCUGCCAAAUUAAAUGUUAUUGGUGCAUCUGUGAAGGUGUAUCAUCUACCUGCCAUCAUGUUGCCCAAAGAGUAUCCCCAUAAUGAAGGCCCAGUCUGCCCAGCCAUUGAAAAGGUGAUGCCUCCAUGCAUUUGUGUAAAUUCUAAGAAAAAUAUGAUUCAUGAUCAGAUCUAAAUUAGAAGUGUUAGAUUGGGUCCUCAUGAUGGCAGUGCUCUUAAAGUCUUUGGAAUAUUAAACCAAGAGUUGUAAAAAAAAAAAUCACAGCAAUCGUCUUCACUGGACUGAAGAUUAUCUAACUAUGUGUUUAUGAAAGAUUAAAUAUGUGGCUCCUGGGCAGAAAUGUAUGUUAAAUGUUGGUCCUGAUGUAUGGGAAUGCUUGAGUGUAUGUGUGUGUAUGGUUGUGAGUGCGUGCGAAUACUGAUAUUUUCUUCCUCUAAAGGAUAGCAUAGUAUUCCUUUAUGCAAAUGUACUUGUUGAUCGGGGAAAUAACAACGAACACUCUUCCAUUUACUUUGCCGGGCCUUUUAUUUUGAAAGGAGACGUGGCAGUGUGAUAAGUAAAGCGAGACUGGAUAGGAGAACGAGUUUCUGAUCAGCAAAAUGUCGCCCUCAAUAUCACUGCCUUAACUUGUGAAAAGCCAGGAAAUGAGAGGAAGAUUCGAAAUAAUUCCAAUAUUAUUGGUGAAUAAUACUCGUAUUUACAUUUGUUUCUGAUAUAGAAAUUUAGAUCUAGCUUAUGAUGCCUUUUGAAGUAGUUGAGCUUUCUAUCCAGGGCAUCCCAGAUCAGUGUCACUCCUCUCUGUAGGUGUGUAUGGUCACAAGUCGACCCUUUCCAGAAUGAAGGGAUUUAAUAGGAGCAAGGAGCUGGUGACAUCACUGGUAAUAGAUGGCUUGUUAAUGCCAGGAGGAUUGUGGGAAUUUUUCAAUGUUCCUUCUGAAAAGCCGCUGUGAGGAACUUUAAAUUUAGGCUAAUUUUUGGCACCUGUUUUGGACAAAGCUGCACAUGUUUUCUCCAAGCUGAUUGGUCCAGUGCAACAGUGUAUCAGGGCCAUUCUAAGAAACCAAAAAAAUUAAGAGGAUCUGUAAAUUUCUAGAAAAAUUGUCAUUUUUUGAGUAACAGAUUUAAGUUUUAGAGACUAUUAAGUCAUACAUUUACAAGAUAAAAAAUCUCUUUUUUUUUUUUUUUAAGUUGUAAAUUCACAAUAAAAAACAAAGUCUUCAAGUUUAAAAGCCAAACAUUUUGACUAUAUAGAUUAAAAAUUUUAGUUUAAUAAUAUCAGAUAUGUCGGCGCGCCGGUAGUCGAGUGGUUAAGGCGCAUGCCAUAUACGCAGGCAACCCAGGUUCAAAUCCGGCCCGUGGCACUAUUUCCUGCAUGUCUCUCCCCGCUCUCUCCCCUGUUUCCAACUCUAUCCACUGUCCUAUCAAAAUAAAGGCAAAAAGGCCAAAAAAUAAUAAUAAUAAUAAUAAUAUCAGAUAUGUCAAGUUUAUAGUCAGAAAUCUAUGAUAUAAAGUCAUAAAUUUAUAGAAACCAGACUCUGAAUUGUUUAGUUCGAAAGGUGAUUUACAACAACAACAACAACAAAAAUUUUAGUUCAAAAAUCAUAAUCUUUGACCUUUUAAAUAAAUCAUAGAAAAAAUCAGAAAUUUACAACAUUAUAAAGUCAUAAAUUGAUGAGAAGCCAAGUUCUUAAAUUUUUGUGUUAAAAACUCAAAGAUUCACAGGGGAGAAAAAUUACUCAUUUUCAAGAUAAAAAGACAAAAUUUGUACUUUAAAACUAAAAAAUUUUGUAUAUACAAAAUCAGAAAUUUAUGACAUAAAGCUGGAAAUUUACAAGAAACCAAACCGGAUUUUUCAAUUUGGAAAGUUUGAAAUCUACAAGGAAAAAAACAUUUUUGAGUUUGGAAGUCAUACAUUUUACUCUAGACAAAAAUUUAAAGGUUUUUGUCAAAAGUUUAUAACAUUAUAACAUCAUAAAUUUAAAGCAACCAAACUCUUAAUUUUAAUUUUAAACAAUUUGGAAUUUAUGCGAAGCAAACUUGAAAAUUCAAAUUCUGAACCAUUUAAAUUACAAAAAAAGGUAAUUAAUACAAUCAGAUAUUCAUGACAUAAAAAAAAGUCGGGAAUUCAUGAGAACCCAAACUGAAUUAUUGAGUUAAAAAAUUCUAUGUAAAGUCAGAAAUUUACAGCAUUAUAAAGUUGUAAAUUUAAGAGAAACCAAACUGAAAACAGUGGGAAGCCUGCCACAGCUUAGAUUGUCUCCUCUAAUAGAAAAUGAUUCUGGGUCGAUUAGGCUUUUAUCUGCAGUAUUUGCGCAAGGAAUACAGAUCCAUGUGGUAUGAUCUUCUUUCACACAAUGAGCUAUUUUCAACUUUAUAAUAAUAAAAAAAAAAAACAUUUUGUUCCCACUAAUUCCCAAGUUUUUAAACUAGAUUUUUUUUGUCAUUAAUUUGACUUUUGUAUCUAAAUGUAGAUGUCCUCAAAAACUAAGAGAUCCUCUUGUUUUCAGUUGUUACAGUGGCUCUUAUACACUGUCCUAGUCCAGUAACAGUCAGGUGUUUCAGUCAUUGAGAGUCUUUGCUGGGGAAAAUUUGAAAAACAAACAAGACUGUUUCAGUAGGUACCUAACUCAUGGCAGCAGUAUGUGGCUUUAAAAAUCAAAAUGCAUCCUUAAACGAGCUAUGUGCUGAUUGUCCGGUUUGCUCUUAGAGGCAUCAGUAUUAAACACCUGUUUCAUAAUCCACAAAAAACUCCCAACAUGAGCUUUAAGUUUGGGCAGAUAAACACAAACAGUAAAGAAGCAUGUAUAACCAGAAAGCUCCCUGUUAUUUUAGCUACUCAUGUGGCCACAUGAUCAAAUUAAUCGCCAUAGAGAUGUAAAAUAAGUCUAGUAGUAGUGAAAGACCAAAUACCUUCAAUACUAACAACAUUCCUAUCAGCCUCAACUGCAUUUUUAGGGAUUAAGUUCUUCAACAGUCGUAACCAAGAUAACCCGUUAGCAUGCUAGCUUUGUCUUUAUGAACCUGUUAGCAUGCAAACAUUUGUAUUUAGCUAACAAUGUUGCCUCAUAGGCUGAACAGCGUUUUAUGCUUUAUGGCUAAUCAGCAAUUGUUAGCAUGCUAACAUGCCAAUUGACAGAAUGGACAGCUCACCAUAGGCAUGUUUUUCUUCUCUUCUUGAGCUCGUUAGCAUGCUGAUGUUAGCAUUUUGCUGAAAGUACAUUCUCAAAAAGCUGCUAGUAUAGCUGUAGUCAGUCUUGUCAGAGCCUAUAGAAGUGUGCAUUGUAUUUUGUUCUUUAUAAAACACUUCAAAGUUAUAGCUUUACACAUUUUAGCAAAAGCUCAGUUAAUUGUUUGCCACUGGGCUGCCCCAGUGAAGCUCUUAGAGGUUCAGUGGCCUUGUCACUUAACCUUGCUAGUUUUCUUUGAUUUUAGCAAGACUUUUAAGAAACCUUUGAUGUCACUGACUCCAGUUUUCCGCUCCUGGCUCAGACUGAGCUGCUCCUACAAACAAAGCUGGUAAACAACUCAUGCAGGAAAAGAAAUCCCUCUUCUCUUUGAAUUUCCUUCUGUUUGCACUCUGUCACCAUCACAUCAUUUGUUAUCCAACUUUCCUGGAGCACUGACACAGCUGUCCUUGAGCUUUUUUUCAAUGAAGAGGGGCAUUUCAGUGGAAGGUUGAUUUACUAUUUUGAUACUGUCUCAGUUCUUACCUCAAACAAACAUUAUUUUGUAUGACCAAGGAGAAUAAAAAUGCCAGAACUGUUGCAGUAAAUAUCCUUAUUUACGAUGCGGCCAUACUGCCUUCUCACUUGUACAUACGACAAAGAGUUUGACUGAAAGCAGAGAGGGCAGGUUAGGGAGACGAUCACACUAGAUAAUAUUAUUAUUUUUGUCGGAAUAACCGUUUUUGUACCAACAGAAGAAUAUCCAAAACUGCUGCGUGAAUCAGAGGCGUGACUGUCAAGCUUUUAGCUUCUGUUUGUGUGCGUGUGUGGUUUGUGUGUGUGACUGCCUUGUGUAUAAUGGAUGAAAAAGUAUUUGUGGAUACUUUAUUUUCUUUAUGUUGUUGUUGUUUUACUCGUAUGUAUAUGUUGGUUGUCCCAAAUUCUCUCCCAACACAACUGAUAUUUUAACUAACAUAACUUGCUAUAUUGUCAACAAUACAUUGAUUAAAGAUGCCACCCUGUCAAUUUCAAA